CUGCGGAGGGAAGUGAACAAGACAGGAAACUGAAACGGCAACAGGGGAUAAACAGUCAAGGGUUGGAGGUGCCGCCUCCGCUCUGGAUCCCUCCCUUCUCUCCCUCCUGCUCCAUCCCUCUGUCCUUCCCCUUGCAAUAUCCUACACGCCCGUUUGAAUUUUCAGUCGCUCUUCGAAAGACCAAAUUUGUCAUUUUAAAUGCUGUUUCAUCUCCCAUAUCUUCAAUGUACUGGAACAAGACAAACCUUGUUCUCUAUCCCGUUUUCCUCUGUACAAUCUUAGACCUACCGCACAAUUGGUGUCACCUAAGCAUUUUCUGUGAAUUAUUUUCAAUCUGUACUCCUUCAGUUUUGACAUUGUCAUUUUUCUUCUCGAAAAACUAUACAUUUAAGACCAAGAAAGUGCAUGGGAUGGGGAGCCACAAAAUAACAGUGGAAUUAAAACCAUCAACAUGACAACCACAGAAGAUCCAGCUACAAAGAGCCAGGAAAGGUUUCGUUGCCAACCAGAUGUUCCUUUACCUUCUAAAGAACCCCGGGCAAAAUCUAGACCCAGAGACAAUAAAAGACCUAAAGGAAAAAUUAACAUGCGUUCUCCUUCUGGGCUUUUCAUUAUCUUAGGGCUCUUUAUCGUCAUGGUGGGGAUCGCUAUAGCAGUUGUCGGCUACUGGCCACAUAAGCAUAAUUCUCGAGUGUCAGCGAAUCACAAAGGUACAAACUCUAGUGAGACCCAACGUGCAAGAGUAAGGCUUCAGUCUCAACUUGGGCUAAAGCAUGAGAAGCUGAAGUUGAUUGGCCCACUGAUUAUGGGAUUUGGGUUGUUCAUAUUCAUCUGUGCAAACACAGUACUACAUGAAAACCGAGACAGAGAAACCAAACUUUUAGCACAAAGGAAUAUUUAUUCUAUGGCUGGCCAAGCUUGCAAUGGAGAGAAUAAAGAGCCAAAACCGAUGCAACUAGGUCCCAGUCCUAUCUCCACAGACACCAGUUUUCAGUAUUUGGAACAGUGCUGUGCUAGUGAAAAAGCCAGCAGGGCAAACCUAGGUCAAGCAGAGAUAUGGACCAAUUGUCGCAUGUCUGUUAAACAGAAGAUGACUGCCCAACUGCUGCAUCAUAAAAGGCCUUCUCCUUCUAUCUCUCUUCAUAGUGUCCAGUCAGACUCCUGCAACUCCAGUGAAAGAAACCUCAAUGUUCCCUUGAACUGCGGCAUUGACUCCCUGGUUUCCACAUCUGUAAUAUUACCAGUUAUUAAACUGAACAAUUGCAUCAUUGAUACUCCUGUUACUACUACAGUGAUAGAAGGUGUUGAAUUAGACCGGAAAAUGGUCAUGGUUUCCACUGAAGACAUAAGCCAGCUGCAGAGUUAUGGUUACAUUCGGUCCGGUAGUAUCCACAGUGCUGAUGAUGCUCCCCGGUUUGUGGACAUGGACUAUUCCUUGCCUGAAAAGUCAUUCUCCAGCAGGUUCAUUGGAAAAUUGUUGUCUCAAGGCAUCGCCAGGAAAGUGUAUGGUUCAGACAUGCAGCUACACACAACGUGUGCUUACUCCAAAUCAUUUGACCUUGGGAAGGAUGCGAGGCAGCUCAGUGAGCACCAAGUUGAGCAAAAACACAGGAGUUGGCCACGUUUAGAUUGCAGUUCUAUUAAAAAGUAUCUGAGACUGGAAAACCGAGAAGACUCUGUGGACCAGUUACUUGAACAGAUUGAGCGUGAGUAUGCCACUGAGGAACAAAACAUUCAGGAACUCAGCACCCCAAAGGAAUGAAAGAAAUAAAGACUUUUUGUAAAUUAGAAAUGUACUGUUCUUAUAAAAUAUAUUCUUCAGGUAGCCAGUUCCAUGAAACCACUUUGAUUGUGGACAGUUGAAAACAUUCUCAGCUGACAGAAAGUUAAUGUCCCUUUUUUGGUGAUAGUUGUAAUUAUGCCGCCUUUUAUUUGAUUGGUAAUAAGGGGUCUGUGUAUUUCUACAGACUUUAAGGUUCAGGGAAACCAUUGGUCCCUCACAGAUACAAUUUGUAUCUGUUGGAGGGAUUCAAAUGAUUAGAUUAGAUUUCCUACGGUAUGGAAACAGGCCCUUCGGCCCAACACAUCCACACUGACCCUUCGAAGAGUAACCCACCCAGACCUAUUCCCUUACUCCCUAUAUUUACCCCAACUAAUGCAACUAUCACUAUGGGCAAUUUAGCAUGGCCAAUUCACCUAAGCUGCACAUCUUUGGAUUGUGGGAGGAAACCGGAACACCUGGAGGAAACCCACACAGACAUUGGGAGAAUGUGCAAAUUCCACACAGACAGUCGCCACUGUGCCGCCCCUUUGCUAAGGCUUUCCAGAAAAUAACUCUCCUACUUAUAGCACAACAGAAUAAAGUUUGUCUGACCCUCAAUCUCAAAUUAGGAGACUUGAUUCCGAGUGUGUGUUCCUUAAAACUGGUAUAUGAAGGAAAGGUAGUGAAUGUCUGGAGUUUGGAGGCUAGAUCACUGAAGAGGUAGGUCGAUUUUUGAAAUACGAGGUUGAUAGCUGUGAGAAGCUCACAUGAAAGAGGAGUUGAGGUGUAGGGCAGAAUGAUCCUAUUGAAGAGGACAGGUUUUUGAAGAGCUGAAUGGCUUCUUCCUGUUCCUAUUUCUUAUGUUCGCAUUGUAGUAGGACCUCUUUCCCAGUGAAUCUUGCUCCUAUCUUCAUAUGAUUGUCUCUGGAAUGGGCUAACGUAAUCUCCUUCCCAUUAGUUCUUGGUAACAUUUCCACAUGGAUAGCACCGGCUCCCAUUUCAUGCUGCCGACCUGUCCCUGUGCCCAGCUCCUUUGAUUCUUAAAAUGUUGACUUUCCCCAGCUGCAAGGGGCAGUGGUUAGAUUGUCUCUUAUUAGACAUGGUCAUUGUCUAGCAUUUGUUACUUUCCACUGGUCAGUCUGAGCCUGGAUAUUGUCCAGAUCUUGUUGUAUUUGAACAUGGAAUCUUCAGUAUCUGAGGAGUUGCAAAUGGUGCUGAAUGUUGUGUAAUCAUCAGUGAACACCCCCACUGCUGACCUUAUGAUGGAGGGAAGGUCAUUGAUGAAGCAGCUGAUGAUGGUUGGGCUUAGAAAAUUACCAUGAGGGACUCCUGCAGAGAUGUGCUGGAGCUGAGAUGACUGAUCUCCAUUAACCACAGCCAUCUUCCUAUGUGCCAGGUAUGACUUCAACCACUGGAGUUUGCUCCCAAUACCUAUUGCUUCCAGUUUUGCGAGGGCAACUUGAUGCCACACUCUAUCAAGUGUGGCCUUGAUGUCAAGGGUUGUCACUCUCCCCUGCAUUCAGGAAUUCAGCUCUUUUGUCCAUGUUUGAACCAAGGCUGUAAUGAGCUCAGGAGAUGAGUGGCCCUGGGCAUCACUGAGCAGUUUGAUCGCACUGUUGAUGACACCUUCCAUCACCUUACUGAUGAUCAGCAGUAGACAGAUGAUGCAAUAAUUGGCUGGGACAUACCUGGACAAUUUUCCACAUUACUGGGUAGAUGCUGGUGUUGUAACAGUAUUGGAAGGAGCUUGGCUAAAGGAGUGGCAAGUUCGGGAGCAAAAGUCUUCAGUACUAUUAUUAGAAUGUUGUCAAAGCCCAUAGCCUUUGCAAGAUUCAGUGCCUCCAAUCAUUUUCUGAUAUCACAUGGAGUGAAUUGAAUUGUCUGAAGACUGGUAUCUGUCAUGCUAGGGACUACCAGAAGAGGCCAAGAUGGAUCAUCCAUUCAGCAUUUCUGCCUGAAGGUUGUUGUAAAUGCUUCAGCCUCAUCUUUUACACUUACAUGUUGGGCUCUGCCACAACAGAGGAUUUGUGCAGUGUCCUCCGCUAGUGAGUUGUUUAAUCAUCUACCACCAUUCAGAUGUGGCAGCACUGCAGAGCUUACAUCUGAUCCGUUGGUUGUGGGAUCACUUAGUUCUGGCUAUCACUUGCUGCUUAUGCGAGUAGUCCUGUUGGUGGCUUUACCAGGGUAACACCUAAUCUUUAGGUAUGCCUAGUGGUGUUCCUGGCAUGCCCUCCUGCACACUCCAUUGAACCAGGGUCGAACACUUGGAUUGAGAGUAAUGGUUGAGUGUGGGAUGUGCUGGGCCAUGAGGCUACAGAUUGUGCUUGAAUACAAUUCUACUCAUGAUGACGACCCACAGUGCCUCCUGGAUGCCCAGUCUUGAUCUGUUCAAAGUCGGUCCCAUUUAGCACAGUGAUAGUGCCACACAACACAAUGGAGAGUAUUUUCAGUGCACAGCUGAGACUUUGUCUCCACAAGGAUUGUGCAAUGGUCACUCUUACCAAUGCUGUCAUAGACAGAUGCAUCUGCAGCCAGCAGAUUGGUGCAGAUGAGGUCAAGAAUGGUUUUCCUUCAUAGUUCAUUGUGAACAUAUUGGUGAUUUAUAUUUUUCCUUCUCUUACUAUAUUGUUGAGUGGUAAUUGGAUGUUGCCAUUAUACUGGAAUGCACCAUGAGGACUUGCAUAUUUUAAUUUCCAGAUUUUUCCAGUUUUCCAUCAAGUAAUUGUCUUUUUAUAUCGUCUUAUGAUCCUCAGCUUAGUGUAGAGGGACAUGAUUUCUGGGAUAGUACAUAGCCAGUCAUUUGGCUUAAAAAAAAUAGACACUUUGGGUGACUAUCAGUGUGGAGUUUGCACAUUGUCCACAUGGUUGCGUUGGUUUUUUCCAGGUCCUCUCGUUCCCUCCCAUAGUCCAAAGAUGCACAGGUUAUGUGGAGUAGCCAUGGGCAGGAUGCUUUUCAGAUUGGUUCAGACUUGAUGGGCCAAAUGGCCUCUUUCUUCACUGAAGAGAUUCUAUGAUUCUGAGUAGAUAGAGAGAGAAACUAUUUCUGUGAUUGUGUGACUCUAUCUUUUGAACAAUCACAGUCAUGAUGUUUAAAACAAUAAACAAAAUCCUUCUGUAAUGUACUGGAAAAUGAGCUUGAUUCUGUAUCCAAUCAGGUAGACUACCUCAACUGAAUCUGUUGGUUACUUAAUGCAGCUAGGGCACAGUUCAAAAUAACAUCCACUUUUUUAAACAAAUUCCAGCAGUUUGACCUAACAUCUGGUAGGAGUCUAUAAUGAUCACUGCUUCAAAUUAGUGCCAAAUGAAUAUUGUUUGGGCCGAGAGUGGGGGCGGGGGGGAGUGAAUAAGAUUGUGUUUUGUUUUGUACUAUAUUGCCUUUGAAAGACCAGACUUUGAAACUCUGAGAAUUGAUUAAAGUUUUAGUUACAGGCGUGCAUCACUCCAGUCUUCUGUUAGCUUCUCAACAUCUUGUUGCUAUAUGCUACACCAUAGUGAAGCUGACAGUAAGUAACAGGCCUCAGUAUUUGUAACUUGUUUAUAUGUAACAACAUUACUCUUAUUCUCAUCUAAUAAAAGUAGGAGCGAGAGAUGAAUUAUAGCAAGGAAUUUAUUAUUUCUGAAGACUUGGUCCACAUUGUCACUUCCUUUGGAACAAAAUUAUGUUAAUUAUAAUUGUGGCACCCAUUUAAGUGUAGGGGUGUAUUGUGGAGUAAUCACAUCAUU